AUGGCACAAACUCGGGCUUCUAUAGCCCGUCUACCCUAUGAGAUCGUGUUUAUGAUAGCAGAACUCCUGGCUCUUAACGAUGUAAGCGCCUGGCUACAAACAUCGUCCUGUUUCUCCCAAGUGUUAGAGUCUUUCCUCUAUUCUCGAAUAGCCACCCACAUCCUUACUUCCAAGAAGUCAGUGCUGGCAUGGGCUGCCGAGGAGGGACGGAUAUCAGUGAUAGAGAAAAUCUACGCCAACACAAACGCUUCAAAGAUACCGACAGAAACAAGCACUCAGGCAUUAUGUUACGCGGCAAAACAUAAUCACCUGGAAGCUGCUAGACUCCUAUUAAAAAUGGGAGGGAGUGUGAACGAUAGAGCCUGCAUCAAGUUUGCCUGGGAAUACACAGCACUCCAUGAAGCAGCAGCGGCGAGCCAUAUCGAGAUGGCUCAAUUGCUUAUGGUGAAUGGCGCAAGCAUACACGCAACUGGCUCCGCAUGCGCUAUGUUUUCCGACGACACCGUCCUAGAAUUGGCAGCACUGCACGCAAAUCUCGAGACAAUCCAGUUUCUCCUUGACGCAGGAGCCGAUAUCAAAACGGGGGGCGUCAUCAAACGCGCCGUUCAGUCUCAAAGGGUUGAUAUUGUUAGAUUCCUACUCGACCAAGGCGCCAGACAUCAUGGACCUUACGAGAAUUCGACGCCACACUUAGUCCAAACCAUUGGCGCGAGCAACAUACCCCUGUUGAGACUUUUUCUUGAACGGGGUGCCGAUCCGAAUGAACAGUGCGGCAGGGCUCUGCAGGACGCGGCGGAGUUCGGGGAUGUGGAGAUCGUCAAAAUACUUCUGGAACACGGUGUUGAUAUCAAUGCCGUAAAUGAUCAUGAGGGUAACUCAGCCUUACAUAUAGCAUCUCGGGUGCCUGAGAUUGAUCUGGAGGAGCCUUUUUCGCGAGAAAGGGUUGUCGCGCUGCUUUUGGAUCGCGGUGCUGACCCAUAUCUGUUGAAUUGGCAUGACGAGCCACCGCUUGAGGAAGCCCGAGCCUGGGGGAAUCAAGAGAUCAUUAAAUUACUCAAGGAGGCAAUGAGAAAACUUCGCCCACAUGAGAUAAGAUGGGUAGAGAGUGAGAAUGAAGACGACGAAGAAAAAGAGGAUGAUGACGAUGAAGCUAAUGAUGAAAGACAUAAGAGCCCUGUCGUUCUUGAAAGGCAGGAACAAUAG